AUGGUGAAGCGUGGUAGCGAAGAAGCUGGAAGAUGCUGUCGUGGUGUUCCUGGGCCUGGAAGUAACGUUGGAGAAGCUGGUGAACGUCGUCGCGGUGUUCGCGUGUGCCAUCAAGUGGUGAUGAAGCAGGUCGUGAGUGUUGCGGUGACCAGGAAGUGGCGGUGA